AUGGUGGUUUUUUUCUCUAGUAUUCUCAGUUUACUUGUUACUAUAGGUUAGUUCAUUGUCCUUUGGUCGUUUUACGACUUGCAAUUUCAACGGUCACGAUUGAAAUUCAUCCAACGACUUAUUGUAUUGUUUACACUCGUCAUGUAUUUGAACUACUGACUUGGUGAGAUGUGCUAUUUAAGGAAUGGCGGAGAUUCCAGAUGCUUCUUCCUUUAAAGAUUCUUUGAAGCGACGUAUAUGUUUGGAAGGGAAAUCUCAGGUUGGUAAAGACGAAAAUGUGAAAAUAUUCCGAGAGCUACUGCUUUGCAUCCAUUUCCUACAAGGUCCAGCAAGCGCUUCCUAGAGUUGAUCAGAUACCCCGGGCUAUUUUCUCGUCAUUUGUAAAUAAUGUAGCUGUUCCAUUUCAUUAACCAUCUAGCUGUUACCACGCUCUUCAGUUAAUACUACAAAACAGUUGUCAGAUUUAAGAAGCGUGAUGAGAAGAUCAAGAAUACAGGCCUAUAUCGUACCCUCUAUGGACGCACACCAGGUAACCGCGCAUCUUGUUCGUUUGUUCAUAUAUGUUUCUUUUUUAUUAUUCAGAAGUUUAAAUUACUUUUCAUGAAGGAGAAAGAUAAGUAAUGGUUAAAAAUUGGACCUGUUGAGACCCUAAGGAAAUCCAUAGUUCUCAGCUAUAAAGAUCGAAUGAAGAGAUAAAAGGCGAGGUAGCUUAAACCCAUGUCUAUUGGAUGACGACAACCACGACUGCCUUUUAAACUGCUAAAUAGAUAGCAGAAAAAAAAGCCUAGAAAUAAAAAGCCAAGGCAACAGCCUUAUCGUAAGUGUCCAUUCACGGAAAUCCGAAAAAAAUGUGACGCGGAUAUUACCAUCAUUACAUCUCCUUUCUCGAAGCAAAUAACACUCUGGAUGAGGAAAAACUGAGUGAAAGCAAAAAUUCUUAGCCAUCUUAUUCAUACUUUUAAUUUAUUUUCCAGAGCGAAGAUGUUGCGCCACAGUAUCAACGAAGGGAGUUUAUUUCUGGAUUCAGUGGAUCUCAUGGUAAGGACGCAAAUGAAGCUUACCCAUAGAAAAACGCAUCAUAGGCGAGAGAACUAUUCGUAGACCAAAAAGAAAAUAACAAGUCAAAAGAAAGAGUCAAACAAAAAUGGAAACUGCAUAACUGGAUCAUUUUCUCUUUCCAUUAUCUCUUUUCGACACUUUUAUAUAAUAAAUUUGCAUAUCUUCAGGGACCGCUAUCAUAACGUACGCAAAGGCUGCUCUCUGGACAGACGGAAGAUAUUUUCUUCAAGCAGAAAUGGAAUUAGACUGUAACUGGAUUGUACAAAAAGAGGGUGAGUUAUGAUUUGCUUCACAUCAUAUACAACUUUCAUUAUCAUCAUUGCCGAUAAGUAUCACAUAGCGGCAUUUCUAUCCACGCAGGAAGACAGAAUUAUACACAUUGAACGCCUAACGUUUACCAUCUUCAUUUACAUCAUGAUUACGCUUAAGCACCACCUAUAUCGACAUUACUAACCUCACAGUAUGCGGUAAUUUUGGCACGAUGGACUUAUUUACUACUAGUUCAAGGACCUAGCUUGGCACGAGUCCCCUAUAGCUUGGUGGAAGAGCAUCCUAAGUCCUUAAGAGAAUGUCGUUGAUUGGACUCCUUUUUAGAAUCUUCUUUUAAAUAACUUAUUGUUCCUUUGUACGAGCUAUCAACAUUAUCUGCAUUGGAAAAUUGCAGAGGUUUCAUAUCUCAGGGAUUUGACGCUUAAACUGGUGACGUACAUAUUUACUUUUUAGACUUUUUACGUUGAAAUUGAAAGGUCAACAAGGUAUGAGGGAUCAUAUUUUAAUUUCAAUAGGAAUGAAAGGAACUCCAAAUCUUUCCCAAUGGCUACUUGACGUAAGUAACAGUUUUAUAUUGAUUUGAGCUACAAAGGUCAGUCCUUUCAGCCCUUCAUUGGAAUUAUCUCUCCGAGAGAUUGAAAUGAGGUCGUUUAUUCAAAAGAGCAAGUCAAAAAAAUAGAUGAAGGACCUAGGAUAUAGGAUAUUAUUUCAACGUAGUCUUUUAACCAUUUUAACCAUUUCAGAGCCUGCCAAAGGGGUCCAGCGUGGGAGUUGAUCCUUUUCUUAUUUCCGUGUGUAAGUUGCCUUUGUUUUUGAUGUUUUACACAAUAUUCGAACAUUAGAAAGAUGGCUUUUGUUUGGUUAAGAGGGUGGGAAUUCCACUUUAUAGCAAAAUAAAGCAUUACAAAUUAGUAUGAUAGAAUAGGAAGGAAGAUUUAUGUAGAUUUUGAUCUUCGAAGACUCUCACUUAAUUUUGCCCCAUUCCCGUGACAAGAGAAAUAACAUCCCGUUCAUUUCACGACCUAGCUCAAAAUUUAUCAUUUUUCUUACUCUACUUAGUAUUCUACCUAGUACUCUAAUCAGUAUAAUCGAUAUGUAUUGUAGAGAGAAAGGCGAAAGUUCUGCUUGCGAAAAACGGUGCUUUCUCACUUGCACGUUUUGAUCAUUUUUUUAUUCAUAGUUUGUCAAUCAAUUUGUCUUUAGAAGCCUAGUAAGCACGGUACGGAAAAGAAAGAAAGACAGAACUAGAUAAACCCCCGUUGGAUUUUUUAAUAAAAUGUCGCAGUAUCGUAGGAUAAUUUCCGUUUCUGAAAAGUUUAUCAAAAGUUCUCAGUUGCUCUCAGAUAUUCGCGUUUAAGCCAAAUUUUAACUCUCGGAAAGUACUUAAGGCUCGAACAUAGUUCAUCCCAGUUACAUUAGCCCACAGAAGGGGUUAAUUUUACUAACUUUACCACGAGUAGCAUACAAACCUUAAGUUAGUUGCAAAAUCUGGUAAAGAGGAGUGUUAUCCUAGGUUUUAAUUAUGGUGGAUUUUCCUUUUUCCCUUGAAACAAGGCGGAAAAAUAGAAAAAUCACUACCAAAUGUAAUUAUAUUCUGUAUGAAUCAAGAGUCAAUUUACAUCUUUAUAUUAGGAUUUACUCGAAAUAUCAACAGUUUUUUGAACGUUCUACUGCUUGAAAAGAUUGUGCACAUAAUUUGUCUCGGACAGAAGUUUGAUUCAUUCUCAAACCACAAAAUUUGUUCCCGCACAACGCGAAAACCUUGAUUUCCAAUCCGCAAAACAAAACUCCUCCAACCGUUUACAUUUAACGCGGAAUUCCAGUAUGUAUAUUACUGUCGCUUUGUGUUCCCUUCUCAAUCAAGCUUUAGAUGGCCAUAGAAUUGAAGUGAAUCGGUAUCUUUGUAUCGUAAUGAGGCCUACAAGUGCGCAGUUCAUAGCCAUGACAAUUAACAAAUACAACUGUACGUAAGCAUAUAAAUGUAUGACAUCAUCUUAAUUUUCCCGUGUCGGUUGAAUCACUGCAGGUGAGUGGGAUCGAAUGUUUAAGGUAAAGUUGAAUAUUUCUUUUAAUUGACUUUGGAUAGCUGAAUAAUGAGGUGUCUAUAAAGGAUGGACCAAACCAGGUGCUCUCCGAAACAAACCAUGUAUCCUUCCCCUCGAAAAAAGGACACAUUCUUCAAAACAAAAACAACAACAACAAAAAACAAAACAAAACAAAGCAAACCGGAGCGCAGUAACAGACAAAUUUCGUUAGGGGCCAAAGGUAGUUAUGACAUUCGUGUGCUUUAUUGCUUUAACCUAGUCAAAGUUUGCCCCAUUGUCUAUACAAAAAAACUAAUUAUUACUUCUUUCUUUCAAGGAACGAUUUAAGUGAAUAACUGUAGCAUAGAGCUUAGCUCAAAGUUUUUCUCCAGUUACCGUUCAUUACUUUUUUUGCAACAUUGUGUAAGACUUUGUCUUAGAACUGUAUAGUUUAAAAUACCGGGUUGUUUCUCUCUUUACAGACAUCAGAAUGAACUUAAGCGAGAUUAUUAUGAGUUUACUAAGGCAAUUUCAUGUCACCAGGAGCUCAAGGAACAUAACAUCGAUUUGAUUCCUGUCACACAAAACCUGGUUGAUCUUGUUUGGCCAUCCAGACCACAGCCACAACCAAGGAAGUUGAUUGUCCUCGAUAUUUCUUACUCAGGUAUGGCAUAAAAAACAAAUUAGUAAUUACACUAAAAAGAGAAAAUAAUCGGUGCUGGGUGGGCUAGUAAAAGAAAGCGACAUCACACCGUCUGGGUAUAGGUCUUUUAUAGCUUCCCCUCAAAUCAAACUCACUCAUAAAGAAAAUAAAAUUCACGGGUUUUAAAAAAACCGUCUCCGGGUGAUAAAAGAAAAAAACGAGUAAGAAAAAAAAUAGACACGAAUCUGAGUGACAAGUAUUGUUAAGAAUCAUAUUAAGAUCAAGUAAAGGAUUUUCUACAACCAAUGAACGCGGCGGUGAACUCCUACUGCAGAUAUCAUUUCCGAUAUACCAUUGUUUAUUUUGAGUGUAACGGUAAAAAUAGAAUUCUUAUAUCAACCUCAGGUAGAAGUUGGCAAGAUAAAAUCAUAGCCUUACGCGGGUUCCUAAAGGCCAGGUCAGCGACCGCCGUUGUAAUCGAAAAACUGGAUGAAAUAGCGUGUAAGUAUUUGUUAAUGUACGACGAAAGCCGAACAGACCUAUUUUGAUGGAAUUGCUUCCCGAUUUUCGGUAUGAGUGUUGGAGCCGCUAACCUAUAUUAGUUGGCGUGAAGGAGGGCAAAGGGCUGUCUUGUUUAAAUGCAACCCAUUCUUUAAUUCAGGCAAAGGUAAAUAUGAUUUCUCUCUCACUAGUUUCCUUUCGAUUCCACGAACUUGUUUAUAAUUCCUUCCUCUAUUUUUGAAAUCACUUAAUCUUAGUACUUGUACACCAGGAAGUACAUUUCUCCUUUUAUCCCAAAUAUUAAUUUAUUGAUAUCCACUGAUGUAUAAAAUGUGGUGAAUCGAUAAUUUAGCUGACAAAGUUCCAUUUUUCUAAGGAGACCUCAAUAUUGUACCAUCCAGUAAAUUAUAUUUACAACUGUUUUCUCAGGGCUUUUGAAUCUCCGAGGAUUUGAUAUCAAGUAUACCCCAGUUUUCUUCUCCUAUGUUACAGUUACAAAGGACAGUGCCUCGUAAGUAACAUCUCUCAUUUCUUCUUAUAACUGGCGGGGUCAUUUCCUCCUAAGAGAUUUGAUGUAAGAUGGGUCGGCUACUGUCACAGUAACAUGAAGCAAAUGACAAAAUAAAUCGGUGCCUUUUAAACCAAGAACAAAACAAAACAAAGAAAAUUAAAAGAAAAAACCAAUUGAAAUACUUUGGUAACAUUAUAGUAGUAAAAGGCAGUCAAGAUUUUUAAAAGAGGGUUCAGACAGAAGUAUUUUAUUGAUAUUGAAGAUAUUACCAGGCUAUCUUAUCACUGUAAUAAAAAGCUUUUUCUCGUGAGAAGGUCACUUUCACUUUACGCCUCAUCGUUACGUGGGAUUUUCGUUUUCCUCUUAAGUGAGUUCAAUUUAAAAUAUCUUUAUUGACAUCAUCGAGGUACCUAAAAAUUCACGACUCUCUUUUAAACCACCUUACGCUAAUUUGGAUGUUUUUUCACAAUUUCUUCAUUUGACUGGCCUCGUGCAUUUGCAGACUGUUCAUAGAUAAUGACAAGGUGACGCCAUCUGUGAAAAGACAUCUGAAAGUUAAAAAUUGUAAAGGCCGGAAUGAAGAGCACUUGUGCGUACAACUUAAGCCAUAUGAUGCUAUCAAGGAAGUUGUGAAAAUACUAGCCGAAUGCAAAAAUGCUAAAAUAUUGGUAAGUAGAGCCACGACCAGCCAUAAAAGGCUUUCUGCCAAAACACUCCACGUUACUGGGAUAACUCAGUAAGUUUCCAUAUGGUGUUACAAACAACUGUAGAGAACUGCAAGACUUGAAAAUGUUUGUUGCAUUUUCUUGUUGCAUUCUUAUGCUGACACGCAUAACUAACCAUAAUCGAUUGCAGGAUUGUUCUUUUUUUAGUCUUUUUACCGAUACAAGUUGUAUUGGUAAACCUCGUUCGUCUUUAUGAACUCAGGUUAGCACAUCCUCAAGCCACGGAAUAAGGAUGAAGAUUCCCAAGGUCAGCAUUUGAACUCAAUCGAUAUCUAUUUUAAUGAGUCGCACCUUAAAGUUAAACCAACGCCGAACGUCAAACGCACACAGUUAUAUGUAUCCGUGCGUCAGUAAUGUUAUGUGUAAUGAGUAUGUUUUUACUGCUGGACAAAUUUAUCUAACAAUUAGUUUAUUCAUUCAGGCAGAGGGCCACUAAAAAUUUCCAAUUAACCGUUCAAUGUCUGAACAAAUCCACUUCCCAUAGACGUUUACUUCGACUGGUUCAUUCUUUAUUUUUUGGGUAAUUUCGCAUUUUUUCUCGUAGCUGUUUUAAUUCCGAAUUUGUUAAUUCUUGAAACCGAAAACUAACACGUUCCCAGCUCGUUUACCAUCGGCUCUUUCAUUUUCCAGGUUCUCUAAUCGCAUACUAAGAAGAAUUCAUACUAUAGUUAGUAAUGUGUUUUUAUGCAUUUAUCUUAUCGUCAUUUUUAUCAUUCCUUUUUUUAAGCAACAUUACACCACUGUUGUGCAAGCUUCAUUGGCUACCUAUUAAAUACCGCAUAGCACCCGACUAUGUUUGUAAUCUUAUCAAUCGUAAAAUUUCUGCUAAAUAUGAGCUUAGGUCCAAUCAAAAGCUUCUGCUGGAGGGACCUGGUUGCAAAAUGCUACCCACAUUGGGAGCAAAGGCACUUUCCUCCUUUGUUCCGUAUGUUUGACAUCACUGGCCAUGAAUCUUUACCUACUUUUGAAGGUAGUCUUGAGACUUACCUUUUAAAACAUGUACCUCGACUUUUUUUGUUCCUGUAAAGCACAUUUGAUAAUACUUACCUGGAAUUUGCUCUAUAAAUAUUUUAUCAUCAUUAUUAUAUUAUUUUUUUAGGAAAAUUUGUUAAUAGACGAGUCGCCAGUUGCUUUACCAAAAGCAAUAAAAAAUCCAACAGAAAUUCGUGGAAUGAAAAAUGCCAAUGUAGGUACUUUCCUAAUAGCGAAAAGUAGUAAUGUCUUUUAGUAAUGAUAAUCUCUCUCUAAAUAUUUCUGAGAAUCAAGUAGCCUGUACGUGUACAAUUAGAUGAGACGGUUAUAUUUUUUUAACGAGUGUUGCUUUAACAUGCCAGAACCUAUUUAUUUGGCCUUGCAGGUAAAGGACUGCGCGGCGCUUUGUCAGUUCUUUGCUUGGAUUGAAUGUGAGGUAUUAAAAGGGCUAAGGGUUGGUUUCUUUUUAAUGGGCUUCUUCUACUUUUUAGUGGUUUUCAGUGGUCGUAGUAAAAUCGUGAAAACUGAAAUGCUAGGUCUUAUUUCAACUUUGUUCGAACCAUUUUCAGUGUUGUUUGAUCUCCAUAAGCAAUGCCACGAAAAGUUGGCAUCUACUGAACGCUAUUCAAAUGCUUCCCUAAAUCAAGCUCAUCUCACAUAAACGGACGAAAUAUUCCUCAACAACAAAGAGAGAGCUUCGUUCUUUGACUCACAUAAGUUUGAUUAAAUUAGUAAUUUUGAAUGCCAGACUCCAGAACAUAUCUACACACGGUAACACAUCAACAUCAUAUGUUAUGAACUUAUUGUCUAUUUGAACUCUUUGACUGUCUAACAUAUUUAUUUCUAUUCAGAAAUAUCGAUAGCUUCAUAUUUUUCGCAAUUAGGAAAUACUUCUUACUAACCUAGUUGGAGGUCCGAACCGUAGGUAACAGACCGAAUUUUUUACCACUUUUGACUUGAGCAAUCAGCGCGAAGCACGCUGGGCAUAAAUCAUGGGGAAACGGAAAAACGAGGAUCCCUAACUUACCGUUGGGAACAACAAUAACAACAAAAAGACAGGUUAUUAGGAAGUUUAUUACAUCUCUUCAGUGUGUCUCGAUAGUUGAGAAACAAUUAGAGUGAUGCGAAACGGCGUCAAAUGACUGACAAGAGUAAAAAUGAUCGAAACAAGCCAAUUCAAUUUUUGAACUUUCAUUUUUCCACUGCGGCUAAGUUAACUGGAGAUAAAUCAGACAUAACCAUGACUGAAAUCAAACUGAGCUCAACGGUUAAUGUCUACAAUACACAUUUUAUUUUGGCGAUUGUACUAGAUGAUGGUAGCGAAUACUAGCCCAUACUAGGUUUAAUUUUCCGUUUCAGAAUUUAGUUAUUACUCAGUAUUUAUCGCUAUUUUUGCAGAUUUCAUUGAAUUCUACAAAGCUGACAGAAUUGACGACUGAGGCAAAGUUGUUGUACUUUAGAACGUAAGAGAACUAUCAUAUGAAAUAGCGAAAUGAAUUACCGCAGGUUUGAUGAUGCUUUUUGCAUGAAACGAAUUGUUUAGAUUUCUUUUUUAGUUUUAAAUAUUAAUUGCAGCGCGGCGCGAUCAGCGUUCUUUCGUGUGGCCUAAAUAGUCUAUCUUUAAAUAGAACUUGCAAAUUUAUACCUGCAGGAUCUUCCAAAAAUUUUAAUAAUUCUUAAAAACUUUUUUCGUUAAAGGCUGGAGAAGAAUUUUAUGAGUCCAAGUUUUGCUACAAUUUCUGGCUUUGGACCCAACAGCGCCAUAAUCCAUUACAAGUAGGUCCAAGAUAUGUAAAAAUUUAGUUAUUUAGAGCUGGUUGACUGUCUGAUUCAGCUUAACCUUGCCAACUGACAAGACGUGGGGAUGAUUUAGUGGCGACUGCGCGAAUUGUGUCAUAAGUAAAGAAAGAAAUGCAAAAUAACAAAAUUAACUACUGGUGCGUGAAAAUCAAUUAGUUAACAAAUAGAGAAGCUUUGACUGUACUCUGUUCUGUUGUAAAGCAUGCAGGAAGCGCGAAAGAAGUGUAGGGGGAAACACCGGACGAAGUCGAGUGUUUCUCCGCACUUCCUGAAGUUUCUUACAAAUAGGUAUAAAUAUAGUACAAAUUGGCACAUGGCGUGACAGCUUUAGCUCAGCUCCAUGUUUUGUACUCUGAAAAAGCACGCACUUUCAAUCAAUGACAGUGUGCAUUAUAUCCGAGCUUCAUUUUAACGCUAUAUAAUGUUAAGUACUAACUUCGCGCUUCUAAUUUUUCUUUUUCUUUUCACCGUGCUGAAUAAUCAACAUGGUACACCCCAAGGAAAAGAAACGUGAGAUGCUUUAGACGAUCUAAAGAUCUCACCACCUUCUUUUUUUAAUCCGUCGACAGAGCAAAUCAAUAUACUAACGCCCGGAUCGACAAAAGCAGUGUUUAUUUGUUGGAUUCAGGAGGACAGUACUUGUAAGCUUUCCUGGCUUUUUGUGUUCCCAAAAUAAUUGUACUUAUUGACUGAGUGGGAGGCCCGGACGGGAAAAUAUUUGGCUCUCGGUCAUGACGCACGGACCUCGCUCGGUCCGUGCGUCAUGACCGAGAGCCAAAUAUUUUUCCAUCUGUCCCGACCAAACUUAUUAAAUGACCAUUUUAUCAUAGACCACUAAACGCUGAAAAUUUCCAAAAUUUUGGUUUUGUGACGUGUUUAUAGUAGACUGCCGCAAGGGUAGAAGAAAGGUUCUGUCAUUUCCCUUUUUACCGAAACGAAGCGUCCGCGUUAAAAACAGUUGGGAUAUCUCACGAUGAAAUAAAGCCAAGAUCUUUCUCCAAAAUCCUUUUUCCAUUCGUCUUAGGCAUUGUAGUAGUUAGGAAUAUAAUGUUGUUUGUCCUUGCUGUACGCUAGACAAGCGUUCGGAAAUCCCUCUUAAUAUUGUUUUCAAACUCUCGCGCAAGCGCAGUGUUUGACCGCUGUGUUCAACGCGUCUGGCCCUACACAAGUCGGCUUUUACUAUGGCUUUCUCUGAGAUUGCACCCGCGGGGCCAUACGGGUCAUACGAUGCGUACAUAUUGUGUAAAAAUACAGUUUUCAGAUUCAUACGAAUGACUAAGUUGUUUAAAAAGUUUCUUUAAUGUUCUUUUAUUGGCCCAGAGAUGGGACAACAGACACAACAAGGACGGUUCAUUUUGGAGUUCCAACCAAACACCAGAAGGUUAGUGCUACAUUUUUACCUUUGAAAACACUUUUUUCAACGUUUUCCUUUCACCACGGGAUGAACAUGAUAGGCCAACAUAUCAAGGUCCCUGUCAACCUAAAUGUGUUCGGAAAUGCGAUUGUUUAGUGCAGGAAAAGUCGUGUAUAUGUCAACUAAGACCCAGCCUUAUCAUGGAGGUUACCUCAGAGCACAGCAUCCAUGAACUUCAUUUUGUAGUAAGUACCUAUUAGGUUUACUUUUUUUUUUUAACUUUAUCAUUCUUGCUCAGUCAACUUAACAAUGGGGUCACGAUGGCACCGACAACUUCUCUUUUCUGGCCUGUUUUUCACCAUUUGCUUGACUAUUAUUAGUAUUAUUAUUAGCAUCGUAAUUACUACUACCAUUCUUAUCAGACAUACCCCGUCAUGCACAACGUUUUUUAUUAGUAUUAUUAUUAGCAUCGUAAUUACUACUACCAUUCUUAUCAGACAUACCCCGUCAUGCACAACGUUUUUUCUUCUCAUGACUAAGAUAAUGAAUGAUGGCAAUUUCAGGAUUGCUACACAAGAGUCUUAAAGGGACAUAUUGACAUUGCCAGUGCAGUUUUUCCCAAUGACACGUAUGGUGAGAAAUGUUUAUGUCUUGUAUUUAGUCCUGUUUAUGUUUGAAGCCCGUAAAAUUUAAUUAGAAAGAAAGGUGCACACACAUUUUAUUCGCUGAUUUAACCUAUAAUUCGAGCGGAUAUUUUGUGAGUUACCUCGUAUUUUUCCAAACACCUUGGUGCCCCUCUUGAGACUUCUCGAGAAUCGUAUCGAAUGCGUGCGUCCAAGACCGCUGCUUAAUUAUGUUCUAUAAUAUGGUUUAAUGGCUGAAUAGAAAUUUUAUUUUUUCCCAACGAUCGAUAGGUUUAUCUGACUUUUUGAAAUUCUUACAUCUCUUAUCUGAUGUAAAAGGUUGUUCUUUUUCGGGAUAUGGCUAACUUCUUUUGUCAUUCGUUGGUCAGUUGUGGUCGAACUCAGACAAUGAGUGUAUUUUACUGUAAAUAUUGUAGAACAGCGAAAAAGGAGAUUGCUGUUAAUUACAAUGUUCAAAGGACCGAGCACAUGUUUAAAACACUUCCUAAUAGGAAGUCAGUUCUCAGUACAUGUCCAUAUCCCCACAGAUUUGGGUCCAAAUUUGAUUUUGUUUCUCCCACAGUUGAUAAAUUAGUUUUUACUUGACUUGGCUUUUUGGUUUUUACAGGAGAGUGUAUCACAUAGCCCCGUUAAAAAGUAUGAAAAGUUUAUGGCGGCUUUGGCAGGGGAAGUUAGUUUUGUUUUCCCAAUAGUCUCAGGAGAAAUGAAACUACUCUUUUUUUUGGGUCCAGACAUGACAUUAUAAUGAACUCGAUAUACUCCCAGGUCGACCCCUUCCACUGCCGAGUGAGAGUAUUAGCCUCUUAGUGAUGCAACCAAAAUAUUUUAGUGGAACUAUGAUUAAAUCUAAUCCACUGAAUAGCUAUUCUGAAAUUAAAGUGUUCAUAAAAUGAACGUCGCGUAAUCUUUGGUGGCCUUCGAUUUUAAUAGGAAAAGACAAUAACGACAAAAAGUUGAAAUGGAAGAAAAGACAAGUGCUUUGAAUGUUACUUGCGUGACUGACUAUAACUCUCGUUUGGCUUAGAGAAAAUUAUAGAAUAAUCCCCCGACUCUAUUUAAAAAACAGCAACGACAGUAUUCGAAGGAAAAUUGUCAGAUACAGCUGACAUAAAAUGAUCUACACUCCUCUUGUGGAAGAAUCACCACCUGACACGUUUAAUAAAGACUACUUUCGCUCAUCAACGAGAAAAUGCUGGGUUCCCUAAUUAGAAUUUAGACUCAACUGUCGAUUCAGUUACUACAUCGUAUACAUUUCCGAUUGGAGUAUUAAAUUCAUUUAGCGGCGAAAUUCAUGAAAGUUAGGAAUAAAUACCGAAACGACUGUAUGUGGACAUGACCGAGUCUUAAUCGAACACUUUGUCUUCGUUUUCAAGGAAGGACAUUAGAUGUGUUUGCACGACAACCUCUUUGGAAAGUGGGGCUGGAUUAUCGACAUGGCACGGGACACGGAAUAGGACACUUCCUAAACAUUCACGAGGGUACCCUAUCUUAGACACAUUUAGUAUUUAUUGUAUAUUCAGAUAAGCGUAGAGUGCUGGCAGAUUAUGGAUUAAUGAUUAAUGAUCCUAUCAAAUAUCUCAAAUUUUGAAUUUAUUUCCAUCAGGUUGAACGUGUACAAAUUUAGCCAACGAAACCUGCAUAGUUUGAAGUUUUUACAUGAGUCAACGGCGGAACCUGCGACAAAAAUGGUGCGAAGAAAAUUGUGAUCUUUGCAACUCCUUUUCGCUGCUCCGCCAUCUUCAUUUUUCAUCUAAUAUCCUCAGCUACGCUAGCUAGAGGGAACUGACCUUCAAGGGCACAUACUGCAAAGUGAAAAAGUUUUUUAUUAGUCGUGCGAAACAGCGAAAUUAAUGUCCUUUCCCCCUCUCCUUUAACAUCAUGUAGUACUAGAUACACAAAUGAAUUAGCCUCCGUUGUUACACUGGGAUUUUCAAAUUCACGCUCGGCGUCACAAUCCAUAAUCUGUAAAUCGUUUAGCCAGGAUUUAAACGGCCUUCGGUUUCAGAGGGAAUCUCAAAAUUACAUUAUGCCUUUUUGCGGGGACGAUGACUGUUUCUCUGAUGAGAGUUUGAUUGUAUUAGAGAAAAUAGAGGGGACCCUCUACCGACUCUGAUCUGAUGCGCAGUUGUUAAUGAUUCAUUUACUACCUUUAAAUCAUCGUUACAAUUCUCGUGCAGGACCCCAGUGUAUAGCUCCAGGAUUUCCUAUCGAAGACGAGAAAAUUUUAAUGCCUGGAAUGAUUUUAUCUGACGGUAAGAGUCACAUAAAUGUGACGUAGUGAUGCUAAAGUUAUAUCGAGGCAUUAAUACAAACAACUGUGAAAAGAAGCCCGAAAAAAUUUAGGCUUCGACGGGAUUCGAGUGCAUGCCUCCAAGACACUGGUUGGGCGCAAUCACUAUCAGGACUGAGCCGUUCGAAGCCACAUGUUGUACAUGGUAAAAUUUUUAGUAAUUCUGAAAUGCUAUCGAAAGAGGACCUUCAUGCAUAUGAAAUAUUGAUUCUUUAGACGCCUUACUGUUUCUGAUAUGAAAAUAUGCAUAUAUUUAUCCAAAAAAGAACAAUCCGAUAACGAUAAAAAACCCAGGUGCGAUGAUAUGUACCUAUUGACUGAGUGGGAGGACAGGACGGGACAAGGUCCUGUUACCAAUCAAUCAUAACUGUUAUAAUUUUCGAAAAAAACAAAUACAUUUAAGACAAACAUCUCCGGUAGAGACAAUGUCUAAAGUAAAAAUCCCUUCAUUUUGAAAAUUCCCCUGUCUUUUUUAGGAUUAGUGAUUGUUGCUCUGGUUUUUGUGAUCAAUUCUGUGAUUAGCGAAUUUACCUGACUGGACUUGAGGCUGUUGCGUUCGUUUUUUCUGUUUAUGCAGUGUUACUUAUAUUCUAACGCUAAAACAGAAAGUGUGAGAAUAAAGUUUUUUGCUUCAUUUCUAACACAAUUUUAUGCAAAAAGUUGGCACCCUAAAUUAAUUCCAUUCGAUAAAAGUCUAAGGAAUAGGAUUAUUCUUAAAAAGAAUCGGUCAAGUGCUACCAAAAUCACUUUCGAAAUCCAUUACCUUAAAUUCCAUUUAAUGACGACUAAUUGAUAGAAACUUAACUUUAAGUACGGAUAGUUUCUUACACUGUUAUUCGACCCAACACAUUGCUCAUUCUCAUUUUCUGGACAAAAUAUAAAGUUUAUUGCUUCGCAAUCAAUGCAUCUUUUUAGUACAUUAUGUAGAAGUAAAGAGCACUUUUCGCGGUCGAAAAUUGGCUGGUUCAGUGGUGAAAUACAAAGGAUCAUUCACCUCCGAGCAUUUAUUCCCUUAGAACCGGGAUAUUAUGAAGAUGGUCGCUUUGGAAUUCGACUUGAAACAGCUGUCCUUGUGAAAGUUGCCAAAACAAAGGUCAGAAAAGAUUAACUUUCUUUUUCCCUCAAAAGUAGUUAUGAUCGGGUCUUGGAAAUGUUGGUAUAAGAACUCUAAUUUAGUACAAGUCUUGGAAAAAGUAGAAAAACAAACUAAAAUGUAAAAUAUUGGCUACCAUAUCUCCCUGUUUUUGUAGCUUCUCUAAAGCAGUGAAAGUUCACAGGUUUGUAUCUCGCAAACUUUUGCUAUCUAAACUUAAACUCAUCUUCAUUCAUCGACCACGUUGCAGGAACGUGUGCAAUAGAGAAUUGGUACAAAUCCGCGCUUUCCUUUACUCUAAACAUUUUUGCCAUUAUCUCAUUGGUGAUCGUGUAGUCUCGCAUAAAUCUCAACGUAUCCCGCCAGGGUUGCAUUUCAUCAAAUGCUCCCCUGAACUGAUCGAAAACACCAUAACCGUUGAGACUUGCUUGUCACUCCCCCACCCUUUCGCCCCGUGGACCAAACAUCUAAUCUGCAACCGACUUCCCUGGGAUUAAAUAAGCUCUAAGAUAACAUAACACGUGUGAAAAGCUUUCCUUUUGCAGUAACAAGAGGGUGUUAUACUUUUGAAGAAUAUCUUAUAAAAAAUUAAGAGUUGUAAGUAGAGUUGAGCGAUAUAUUUUUGAUCUAUCAGAGUGCGUGUAAUGUUAUAGAAAUGUGACAUGGUUGUCAAGUGUUAUAACUUUCUUUUUUCAGCGUAGUAAUACGAUGUAAAUUUCCUUCUUGUAUUUUGAACAGUAUCAUUUCGAUGAAGUGGACUAUCUUGAGUUCGAACCAGUUACAUUUGUAAGUACUCCGCCCUGUAGACAACUAAGCAAAUGUCACGUUUUUCCUGUAAUUCUUCUCACAUGAUUUAUUUUUCUCGUCCUUCCUUGUUUGUCAUAACUUUUUCGAUUGUGAGUUAUUUGUUUUGCAAAUAUGAACGGAAUCAAUUGUAGCUCUUUCAUUGCAAAAAUGAGUCUGAUUUUUUUGUAACUACCAUUAAGUAACGUCACUUGUUUAUGUGGUCCAUUUAUUGGUUUGCGGAACCAGCUAUUUCAAUGGGCCGCCCAUACAAUUUUUGCUUAUGCAUUUUCUGGUUUGACACGCUGAAAAUCAUAACUCGUGAAUAUUUGAGGUCAGUCAGAAAGAGAGAGGAAAUGACAGUUCUGGGCAAAUACAAAACCAAGCAUAGAAAAAAUGUUUUGGGUCAAGCCCGGACCACUUUUUUUAUCCUUGGUUUUGCAUUGUCCAAGAACUAUUAUUUUACAACUACUACUGAGUUAAGCGCAGAAAUCUCAAAUCAUAAUUUUUUGAACUAGUCAUUCUUCAGAAUCAGAACAAAUUUAGAUAAAUUCAAUAAUUCGAUAGGAUCAGCAUCAAUGUCGUGUCUUCUCGCAAAGAAGUCGUGAUGUGCUUUGAUUUGUUCUCCUGUCAUAACAGUGUCUCUAUAAAUGGGAAGUUGUCUCAUUAAUAGGUCACGCGUACGCUUUCAAGCUUACGGUUAAUGACGUUGAGCUGACAUCUGAGAGGAUAAAGAUGUCACAUUGUAAAUUCCCUGAGCCUGACGCUUUCCCGUUAAUUACUAGCUGAACUCCUUCUUUCGUAUUCACCAAUCUCAAUCCACUUCCACUAACAGCACUGUCUCUCAUACUCCUGAGAUCGAUGAAAAGAGCGAAUCUGUCUCCAGCAUAAAAGUCUGUUGCAUUUAUCGCGCUGUUUUCCUCUUCAAAUCUUCUAAAGAGCUCUUCCCACCUAUCUAUUGUCUCCAUUCCUUGACUGUAAACCUUAAUUGGGAUUCCAUUGACGAUCACUUUCACUUCAGUGAUUUCGGGAUUAAAUGUUUUCUCUCUGUCCUUAACACCAGCGACAUAUGGCUCAUAUAAAAGAAGUCCCUUCAUUGACCUCCCUGAAACACCGAUGCUCUUAUUGAUGAUCGUUUCUGAUCCCUUAUCUACUAGGACUGUCUUGAGAUGAGUUACGUACACGUACAUGAAUCUCUUUCCAUUUUUUCAGUUGGACAAGGCCUCAUCAGCGGGUUCUUGACUGUGAAUGACGUCAUACUAAAGCUGUAUGUUAUUCAAUUCAUAGGCGAGCUGAGUCUCGUCAGAUCCUAUCACAACAUUGCUGGCAGGUGGAAGCCUGAGUUCGAAAAGAAGCUCAUCAGAAAGAGCUCUUGGGAAGAACACUCCAUGAUCCUUCAGAAUCUCACGAUUCAAUGGAAUCCUAUAUUUGUUCCGAUAGACAUCACUGAGCUUAUUCUCCUUGUCAAUUCCUGAUUUCUUCUUAUCUUCAGCACUGCAUCUGAUCUUCGAAAGAUCAACAGACUGAAUACCCUCUCAACAUAUUUGCUAUCUCGUUCUCAGUCAAGAAGAGGUCCUCAUAUAGCUUGAAUAGAUCAUAACCAUCGGUGUCCUACACGAUUUCUCCUGCGAUUUUCACAGUCAACCUGUAAACAAGAGCUCUUGCGACAUUGUUCACAAUAUAAUUGUUUGCAUGACCACUAACUGCCAAGUCAAAGAUGAGUGAGCGAGAUCCUGGCACAAACACAACACAGUCAUUAAAAGGUCCUGCGCCUAAGAAACGACCGAUGAUUUCUGGCUAAAAAUUAAAAUCGGCCGAUGUUUAUCUUCCAACAAGAGGUUACCUAAUACUAUUUAAAAAUGAAGUUCUUUUGCUUCAGUUUCGCUUUAAACCAAAAAUAUCCAGCCGCGAACUUGCCACGUCUAAUUGUAGCAAAAUCUGUCCCAAAAUAUGCCCUUUCAAAAACCAGUUCAAAAAUCACUAUCGCAACACAAAAUAAUGAGAAAACUACGCAGUUAUGAAAAAAAAAGGCCUUUUAAUGCAAUAUCAUUCGACAAACAUUGAAAAACUGCAGAAACGAAUGAAAAAUAAAUUUUCAAAUAUUACUUAUCAAUUAGAUGGAGCGUUGGAGAUGAUUUUAAAAUAAUUAUUUCUACCAAAUCCAAUGCUGUUUAAAGCAAUCACAGCGAUCAAUCAGACAUUAGAAGGAUAUACAUUACGUUUCUGGAAAAACAUUUUUCGGCCAAAGUAUAUUGACCUUGUACGAAGCGUUCAAAGUUGCAGUGUUUACCGUUAUGUUGCUACUUCGGCGAAACACUUCUCUGUUGCCCAUACGUCCAUGGAUAGCGUGGUAAAUGUCACUUUUAACCUUGCUAGGCGCUCAAAUACCAUCCUAAAUAGAAUGAUAUGGUAUUAAAAGAGAAAGGAAGAUGAAAAAUAGGUAGAAAAAGAAAACAAUUUACAUUUACAUUUUGAACGCUGCGACGACAAUGAACAAGGGAGAAUAAAAAGCAUCAAAAACGGCUUAUUUAUCUUUCACUGAAGGCGAAUCAGUUACAAAAGUUGCACUCAGAUGCGCUCGGGAAAAAUCUUUAUUUGGAAUACCCAGGCAGAAAACCUACUAUGCUCAGAGUUGAAAGAGGAAGAAUUUAUCCAGUUUCCGAUGCUUUUAGCAAGAAAGCUCCAGGUAGUACAUAAAAAACAAGUGCGAGGGUUUGAUCGUGGUAUCCAAAUAUCGAGCUUUUAUUUGUUUGAAUACCACGAUCAAACCCGAAGCACGAGUUUUUUAGAUUGCUUCUCAAACUGCCUAGAUUAACUAGCACCUAAAUCGGAACACUAUUGUUACAUACUUUCUAUUGGUUGCAUAAUUUUGGACAUCAUUAUUAGCUACCGUUCAUCUUUUGUCUCUUUGGGUUUCUUGGAGGACUUCCAAUUGUAUCCUAAAUUUAUGGUUUUAUGGUUUUACUCAUUAAGAUAAUUGCUCCGUGGUUAGUCGGAGCUUGAUUAUGGCAGAAACUAAUGCAGUUACCGUUCAAUUCAAAGAAACUCUCAGCAGCGAAAAAUGUCAACAUAUCAGGCUUGUGAGCUGUUUUUUUUUUUCAACACGUGGUUUAAUUUGAAGCGAACCGGAUAAAUCUCUGUAUUCGAUUCCAAGGGCACUGCAACUGUAAGAAGAAUUUCAGAAAGUAAUUAUUUACCCAAAAGCCUUGGCCAAGCUCUUCAAGAUACAUUAGAGAGUGAGGGAGUGAAGGUUGAAAUGAAUACUCCGAAAGGAGUGGUGGAAACCCACAAUCCUCAAAACAUGACAAUGAUCUGACUGAUCUUCUCGGAGUUAAACGACGUUUGCAAGCCAUCAACUUAAUCAAAAGGUUUACAUCAUUUACCAACUACUUCGUCCACUGUGAUCUUUUGGAUAAGAAUGAAAACGUAUUCAAUGGAGAACCCUCAAGCGUUCUUGGAUGCUUCGACAUUGUCGGGCAACCCUUUGAUAGGGUUAACAAUUAUUCGGAAAUACCAACCCAACGGAAAAUAUCACCGAGGAAUUACAACUCAUCUAUGCGAAUUUUCGUGACCGAUGAGAAUAAGGAGAUCAUUAAUUUCAAUGGCCUUACUUUUUUUGAGCUGGAAACCAUUAAAUGGUUGAAAAUGUAUUCUGAAAAUAUUUUUCGAAGCUGUUCGGGUCAGGGCUGCUUUAUGACCCAAGCCCUUCGUGCUGAAGUUCUUCGGAAUUGAUUGAUCUACUAAGAAAUCAGGACAGACCAAUUCCUCUGCCGAGAACGAAAAAGAUUUAAAAACCAAUUCUUUAACUCCAAGAGAGAAAGAGAAUAGGAUAAAUCGAUUAAAUAAGAACUUCAGAGAAGUAAACCGCAAACUUAAAAAUGAUAAGAAGAAGAAACGAAAUAUUCUGCUUAUAAAGCAGAAAAAGUCACACGAAGAUGAGGUGAAUGAACUUAGAGAUAAACACAGCCUUCUCGCUCAAUCGACACUGUCAUGCGCACAAAAUUUGUAGCUUUAGAAUCAGCGAGUGUGUUGAAAAGUUUUAUCAGGCAAUUUAGAAUUGAAGGUGUUGAAGAUCCUUCGGAUCCAAGCCCCAGAGGGCCUGGUCCAAAGGGGGCAGUUUGCGGAGCGGCAGGUUUUAGAUGGAGAGAAUUCAUGGAAAAAGUCAAACCAGAAGUCUUGAAGAUAAUGAGAGACAACCAUCAGACUAAAAUUAAGAUUUCAAAGAGUGAUAUCACUUGACAUCCAUCUUGCGGAAUACAGAUCAUUAAACGGAAGCUCUUACAUCAAACUCCCAGGUUAUUUUCAAAGGAAGAAAGUAAUAAUAAUUACCAAGAGCAAGGAUGAUCAAUACUUCAAGUGGUGUAUAGCAGAGCACUUGAUCGUAUCAAGUCAUACCCUAAGAAGAUUUCAGACUUGAAAGGAAAGACAAGCCAAUUGAAUUUCAAAGGGAUUGAAUUCCCAGUAAAAUUGAGGGAUACUUGUGGGUUCGAAAAAUGAGGGUAUCACGGUCAAUGUGUUUGGUCUUGAUGAUACAAAAGUCUAUCCUCUCACGAUCAGUGAGAAAAAUAAUAGAGAAGUGAAUGGAAAACUAAUCAUUGACCUUCUUCUGAAUAACGUAUCAUAACGCCGGAAGUAAAUGAUGAAGGAACAAUAACGUUAAUCAAAUUCAAGGAUCACAAUCGUUUUGUAAGAGUUUCAUUCGUAAUUUACGCGGACCUUACAUCAAUAACAGAACCGAUUGACACAUGGAUGAAGGGGUGAUUAGAGCUUCACUAAUCAGUAUCGACAGCACAAACCAUGCAAGUUUAGCUAUAAAAUCGUUUCUUUCGAUGAUAAACUUUAUUCACAAGAGCCAGUCAUCUACGGAGCAAAGAGUGAGGAUUAAGAAGUCGGUCAGAUCAUUCUUGAAAUGCUUGCAGAAAACAUCAAGAAGAUUUCUAAGAAACCAUUUCACAGAGAAGUAUCGUGGUGCAGUUAAUUACAAAUGUAAGCUACAAUUUAAGAAGCCGAAGUUCACUCCGGUCAUUCACAACUUGGCUGGUUAUGAUUCCCAUCUAUUCAUCAAGAAUCUCGAUAAUAUUCAAGGAAAUUACUUCUUCUCUCGAUAAAUUAGUGAAUAAUUUGAGUCAUGAUAAACUGAGACAUACCAGGAAAGUCUUGAAAACCUUCGGCCAGGGCCCGUAGGGGCAGGCCUUCGGCCAGGCCCUGAAGGGUCAGGCAGCGUAGCUGCAAUCAAGUUGGUCUUAAGGAAGGGUGUGUACCCAUAUGACUACAUGAACAGCUUUGAUAAAUUUCAUGAAAUAGAACUGCCCCCCAGGGAAGAGUCCUAUUCAAAGCUGAACGAUUACGUUAUCCCUGAUGAAGACUAUGAGCAUGCACAGAGGGUCUAGAAAGAGUUUGGAUUAAAGACGAUGGGUGAUUACCAUGACCUUUAUCUCAAACUAGACGUUUUCCUUCUUCCAGAUGUGUUUGAAGAGUUCUGGAACGUCUGUCUCGAGAAUAAUGCGCUCGACCCUGCCUGGUAUUACACCGCUCCUGGAUUGGCUAGGGAUGCUGAGUUGAGCUUGAGCUAUUGGGUGACCCUGGCAUUCUGCUGAUGGUUGAAAAAGGAAUUCGGGGAGGAAUCUCAAUGAUCUCAAAUCGCUUUGCACUGCCAAUUUAUCCAUACAUAGAUAAAAAUUAUGAUGAAUCAAAGACAACGAAAUACGCCAGCUAUCCCGAUGCAAACAAUCUUUAUGAGGGGGUAAUGUGUCAGCCUCUUCAUGUUAGAAAUUUCAAGUGGAUGCAGCUAUGAUGCCCAGCUGAAGGCUUGAUUGACUUUGAAAACUGGAGAGAAACUCCUUGUAUUCUUGAGGUGGAACUUGAGUAUUCAAAAGAGCUUCAUGACGAUCUUAACGACUAUCCACUUGUCCUUGAGAGACUGAGGAUCAAUGGGGUAGAAAAACUGAUUCCAAAUCUGAAUGAUAAGAAGAGAUAAGUAGUUCAUCACAAGACACUAAAACAGUGUCUCGAUCUCGGUUUGAAGAUUAAGAAGAUUCAUAAGGGAAUAAGCUUGAAGGAAGAGCCUUGACUGAGGAUAUACAUUGACUUAAACUCGAGUCUGCGCGCAAAUGCAAAAAAUGAAAUUGAGAAAGAGUCUUUCUAGUUGAUGAACAAUACAGUCUUCGGAAAAACUAUGGAAAACAUCAGGAAUCGGGUAGAUAUGAGAUUAGUCAAUGAUAGAAAGAUAGCAUUGAAACUUGCAGCGAAACGAAACUUUAAGCAUCGGUCGAUUUUCAAUAAAGAUUUGGCGAUUCAUGUGAAGAAGACAAAACUUAAUUUCGAUACGCCGGUCUAUUGUGGAAUGAGCAUCAUCGAUAUCAGCAAGACUCUGCUGUAUGACUUCUAUUUUAGCUACAUCAUGAAGAAGUAUGGAGAUUGUGUAAAGCUUCUCCUCGCAGACACUGAAAGCUUGAUGUAUGAGGUUGAAACUGAAGAACUGUACAAGAAUACAAGCGGUGAUGUUGAAGAUAAGUUCGACACAAGUAAAUACCCUCAUGUGUCAGGGAUCCCAAGUGGAAAAAUAAGAAGGUCGUGGGAAUGAUGAAGAAUGAAGCUGGUGGAAAGAUCAUUAGAGAGUUUGUUGGAAUGAGAGAAAAAAUCUACAGCUACAAGAUGUUUGAGGGAUAAAAAGAGAAAAAGUUCAAAGGGAUUAAGAUGACUGUAAUAGUAAAAGGGGAUAACUUACGAAGACUACAAGGAGAGCCUAUCCAGCGAAGAAAUACAAACGAGGAAAAUGAAUGUAAUCAGAUCACAUAGGCAUAAAGUCUUCACUAAUCAACAAGAUAACUUUGAGUGCGAACGAUGAAGAAUAAUAAGAGAAGUUAGAAUAGUAACUUUUGCUCAUGGUCAUUAUCAAUUGAAUCAAUAAAAAAAAUGAAUCCUGAUAAUAUCCUCUUCAAUGCAUCAAUAGUUGGACCUACAAAAUUCAGGAAAGACAAGAUACUUGGUCAAUCUCUUGAGCACCACCUUCCGAGGAAAGUUUGACUACAUCGUUCUCCUCUGUCCAACAUUCAUCCACAACAAAUGAGAAGGACUUACUUAUCUUAUGUGUACAGGAGAACUGGUACACUGAUCAUUCUCGAUACUGCGCUGCUUCGAGAGAUGUGAAGCAGGGGAGGAAUGGACCCGUGAAUGUAGCAUUCAGUGCAAGACACAGGGAAACAGCGUUUGGGUCCUCAUACAAAAGAUGACAAGUAUCGCAAAGCCAUUCCGAGAGAACACUGCUGUAUCAGUUCUCUUUUACACAACAUCAGCCAAGGAUACGAAGAUCAUUUUCGAGGAUUACGCGGGUGAGUUGAUGAAAGAAUUGAUGGCAAAGCUAAAAAGUAUUCUCAUGUCAUAUUCUCACUUCCUCAUCCUUAUUACAUUGAUCUUGAACUUCCGUGGAAAUAUUUCUAUCUCUCAAUUAAAAUGGAGAUGACUGACAAUAAAAAAGACGCUUUUAAUGAUGUUCGGAACAUUCUCGAGAUUUAACCCUUCAGUGAUUCACGACAUCGAGAAAGACUCGCUGUUCUCGUUGCAAGUGGCAAAGAGAAGAAAAUGAUUGGUGUAUCUGAGGAUCAAGUCAAGAAGCUUACUGAGCAAGAUGUUGAGAAGUACUUUGAGAGAUAUGAAGCUUUAUUGUCCUCAAAGACUUGCGAUGCAAUUGUUGAUACAUUUCUUCAGCUUUCAUUUAAAGCAUUAGCUCAUUUUCUCCCUGUUGGUAAAAGAAAACUUCUGAAGGACUUGAAUGAUAAAUUUAUGGCAACUAGAGAACUCGGAAUUCUUGCCAGUGGAUUGAGUCUCAGGUAUGGAGAGUACAUGGCAAUCACAAGUGUUGCUCUUCUCACUGUCAAAAAUAUUGAAGUACCCUUGGUCAACGAUAAGGAAAUAGAUACAUUUGUGAAGAAACUGAUCAAGUUCUUAUCAAGUACUUGAUAAGAACUGGUGCAAGUACUUAAUAAGAACUUGUGUAAGUACUAGAAUAAGUUUUUGAAAGAGAACUUGUGUAAGUACUUAAUAAGAAGUUAAAAUUAUGCAUCAACAAAUAUAAUGGAUGGCAAAGAACCUAAGACUAAAGAAGCUCCGGUUAACCUCAGCCGGACUUCGUAGAGGCUCAACAGGUGACUUCAACUGAUGAAAAUAAUACAAAAUGAAAUAAAGAGUCAGGGCUUGUCGCAGCUGGCAAAAACCUUGCUGAACGCAACAGAAGAGUGAGAGAGGUAAAGAAAAAGAAAGAUGUUUGAAAGCAAUCCGAAGUUCCGAAGGAUCUAGGUCCUAGAGGGGGAGGAUUGCAACUAGAACCAGAACCGGAGGCCUUCGGCCAGGCGCCGAAGGGGCAACCAUCAUCAUUCUCACUCACUCAAAUUCUUUAAUUCUUUUUGAUGGCGCUCCACUCCCCGGCCAAAGGCUUGGCUCUCGUUAAUCAACCGCAACCAAAACCAUAGCGAAGUGAAACGCAGCAAAACACACACACACAGAUUGCCUCUUCGAGGCCCGGUCCUAAAGGGCUGCCUGUAAGAGUAAAACAAAUGGAUUGAUUUUUUUCAGUUCAACAACAACAAAUGUCUGAUAAUAAGCUUAUGAAAGCAUUGACCAAUUCAGCUCAAAGAAAGUUGUCAAGAACUAAAAAAAACGGUGGUCCGGGCUUGACCCAAAACACCUUUUUUAUCCUCUGUUUUGGAUUAUCCCAGAACUGUCAUUUCCUUUCUCUCAUUGUCUCUCUAAGAAAAAUAAUUAAUUAUGUGUAUUCACGUAUUUUUUCAUAUGCAUCAUCAGCAAAACAUAAAACAGGCGAGUACCAGCAUGAUGUUUGAAGGAUUCCUUUCUGAAAUGAGGCGAAGAUCCAAAAUACGAGGCAAAAAAAGGAUCCACUGCAAUCUGUUGCAAAAGAACAAUCUGCAAACCCGUUGAGAUACUGCUUUGAGUCCGAACUUCGGGCAUAAGUAUUUCCAAAAUCCACCAAUCCGUAGACCUGUACCUCUCCUUCAGUUAUAACCCUGAAACUAUGAUUUAGGUAUAUAAGUUGUGCUCUCGGGGCAAGGAAACAACGUUAGCGAGGUAUCAGUUCUAAAUAAUCUUUUUAUCUUUUCCUAUUAGACUAGAAGUCGUGGUUUACUUGGCCGAUCGAGAUUUCUACACUAACAAAACGGAAAUAUAACUUCUUUUAAGCGGCCAUUCAAUAGUAUCUACUCGAGGACACAUUUCUAACACUGUUUUUUUUGUCUUUUAACUUUCACAGUUACCGUUUCAAAGGAAACUUAUUGACGUGUCGUUGUUGAGCAAGUCGCAGGUAACUGUCAAAGAUUAAAAAAUGUUCAGACUAAACUGAUGACCAUUGUCUUGUUCCAAUAACCAGUUUGGCCCGCACGCUUUUUUGACGAGGUUUACUACUGGCAUUUCUUGUUCUGUUACAGGUCGACUGGUUAAAUAAGUAUCAUGAAAGGACAAGAGAAGUUAUAGGAGCGGAGCUCAGAAGACGGAAAAGGGAAAUGGCUUUGAAGUGGCUCAUGAAAGAAACGGAGCCGCUAAAAUAAAUAUUCCUCAUAGUUUUACUUAAAGCCGGU